AUGUUGAAUUGGGUUGAAGAGUCGAAUUUACUGAUUAUUGGGGUCGAAAUCAUUUUCAAGUCUGAAUCCAAAGCAAGCAGCAACAACGCAUGUUCAGGGAGAUGCGAAGGAGGCUGCUGCCCUCCUGACCACCGAAUAACUCCACCACCGGUGGAGGUUUUCUUAACCGAAGCAGAAGAAGAGCGAAGGAGGGGAGAAACAAAUUGUGUACUGAUUUUGGAAUAUACAAUUGGAGGAUCUGCAGUUGCUCGUGGAAAUUGA